AUGAAUAAAGACAAUAUUCAAAAUUCUGAUCGAAUUGUAAUUUAUACAAGAAAUUUAAUGAAACAAUUUCCUGGUACAAAGGAUAACAACGAAUUAAUUAGUUCUUUAGAGAAUCUAUUAAAAACGGUGAUACUCAAGUAUAAUCUUGAUUUGGACAUAAUUGAAAUUCCCGAACCAUCACUCUUAGAUCAUAAAAUCACUGAUGAUAGAAGUGAUUACGAAAUCACAGCUAAAUUAUUUCUUUUAACAUCAGAGAAAUCAUUCAUUUCACAAUCAUUAUAUUAUUUAUUUAGAUUACUUGAAUUAGAAAAAUUAUAUGAUGAUAGAUAUAUUGGCAAAUUAGGUGUAAGUGAAUUUAAUAUGAAUAGAUUGAAGAAACUAAUUGAUGCUACAAAGGUUCAACCAAAGAUCGAUCAGAUUAAUAUAAAGAACCUUUGUUCUGUAUCUCGUGAAUUAAUUGAAUUUGGCAAGAAAAAUGAUGUAGAAUUAUUGACUCAUAGUGAUUCUGAUGAGAAUUUUCACAAGAUUAUAAAGGGAUAUACUGAUUCAAUGAAAAAAGCCACCACUGAUAAAGUGUUAGAUGGUUCUGAUGAGAAUGAAUAUGUGCCACAAUGGGUAAUAAAAUAUUCUGUGGAGAUUAAAUGCAAAUUAGAAAAAUUAUAUGAUGAUAGAUAUAUUGGCAAAUUAGGUGUAAGUGAAUUUAAUAUGAAUAGAUUGAAGAAACUAAUUGAUGCUACAAAGGUUCAACCAAAGAUCGAUCAGAUUAAUAUAAAGAACCUUUGUUCUGUAUCUCGUGAAUUAAUUGAAUUUGGCAAGAAAAAUGAUGUAGAAUUAUUGACUCAUAGUGAUUCUGAUGAGAAUUUUCACAAGAUUAUAAAGGGAUAUACUGAUUCAAUGAAAAAAGCCACCACUGAUAAAGUGUUAGAUGGUUCUGAUGAGAAUGAAUAUGUGCCACAAUGGGUAAUAAAAUAUUCUGUGGAGAUUAAAUGCAGGGGAAUAGUUGCCAAUAAAGGUAAAUCUGAAUCUAAUAAUAGAAAAGAUUUAAUAAUUGGAGGCUCAUUGUCGUCUUGCUCAUCUUUUGAACUAUCUUCCGGACCUUCGCAUUCCUCUCCUUCCUCUUCUACUUCGAAUAUUAGCCAUAAUGAACCAAAGAUUUGGACAUUAAACAAUUUUGAUAUUGGAUGUGGACUUGGUAAAGGACAACUUGGACGUGUUUAUCUUGCAAGAGAGAAGACUAGUGGAUAUAUUGUCGCAUUGAAAGUAAUGUCUAUAUCAGAAAUUAUUGAUGCCAAGGCUGAAAAACAAUUAAGAAGAGAGAUUGAAAUACAAAGUAAUAUAAGACAUCCAAAUGUUCUACGUCUAUAUGGGCAUUUCCAUAAUGAAACACACGUAUUUCUAAUUCUUGAAUAUGCAGCUAAAGGAGAGCUUUAUAAGCAGUUAAAACAAUGUACUAGAUUUACUGAAAAACGCGCAUCAAGGUAUAUUGCUCAAAUGGCAGGUGCUUUAGCUUAUCUUCAUCAAAAGCAUAUUAUACAUCGUGAUAUCAAACCUGAAAAUCUUUUAUUGGGUUCAAAUGAUGAACUUAAAAUAGCAGAUUUUGGUUGGUCAGUACAUGCUCCCAGUCAAAGACGUAGAACAUUUUGUGGCACAUUGGAUUACCUUCCACCAGAAAUAAUCGAGUAUCAAACUCAUAAUUCAAAAAUUGAUCUGUGGUCCCUUGGUGUUUUGUGUUAUGAAUUAUUGUCUGGCUCUCCACCAUUUGAGGAAGAAACUGGCUAUCGUGCUACAUAUAAAAGAAUUAGGAAAGUUGAUUUUAAAAUGCCUGAACACAUUUCAGAAGAUGCUAAACAUUUAAUUGGAUCGAACAAAUUAAUCACCGAGAUGGACAUUAACGAAUCGUUACUAGAAGAGAAUGAAACAAUUAAAAUCAAAAAAAUAAAUAAUAGACGUGAAAAUAAUAUCACCAAUUGCAAAGUAUGCUUGGAUAAUUCAGAAACAUACUUCACAAAUUUACAUUCUGCAACAGUUUAUAAGUUUAUAAAAUAUGAAAGGAUUCUGGAAACUUAUGGUCUUAUUUAUGUUUCUCUUGAUUUACAAGAGAAACUAAUUCCUUUACAAAAUGUUAAAAUUACUCAAGAUGUAAAAAUUUAUGAAGCUGCAGCAAUUUGUGAUUUUGAAGCAGAAAUUGAUGGCAAAUAUAAAGUUAAAGGUGUUGUGAAAGAAUUGAUUAAGCUGUUGAUGUAA